UGAGGAAAGCAGUUUCAGACUCGCAUCACGAAGCGGCGUCUUUUUGAUACUAAAGAAGCCGUAAAGGCACCGCCCCCUCUUUCGCGCUGGAGUGACCUCGCAAACUGGUUCACAAUGUCGCAACAAACAUUCAUUUAACCUCCGGAAUCACGGGGAACCACAAUAACGCACACAGUAACGCCUUAUUUUGCUAGACUCGAUCGGAAUAAUUAUAAUUUGUAAUCACAUAUUGCUCGUAUUUUUUUAAAAUACAUAUUACUCGUACAUAUACUGGUACUUUCAGAAUGAUACAUUAUUUACUUGGGCAACCAGGAAGCAGUAUGCUGAUUUUCACCUUAUCCGUAUUUUUUAUGGCGAUUGGCUAUCAGACACAAUCGGAAUGUGCUUGCAGAUAAUACAGCUGGGAAUCUUUCAGAAUACUCGUAAUAACUGUAUCUGUAAGACUGUAACGGUCGCAAUGUAGCUUCGCAUCACGCUUAAAAAUGCAUCUAUGGGGAUGUGUCAUCCCUGUCAUGCCAGUACUGUUCUGGCAAACGCAAUGCCAAAAAGACGGUUCCCUGGAUAUGGGUUUAUACGGUGAUUAUGGUGACGUUGACAGUGAUGUGGUGAGAGAGCUUUCCACAAUUUCGUCCACGGUGGACGACAUCGUCAUGUCGGGCGAUAUGAAUACGAAAGGAGAUUAUGGCACGUUAAAAGAUUUUGAUUACGGGAGCCAGCUUCCAUUCCCUUCUACAACCGACCCAAAAUUAGCGAACGACGAGCCAACCACGACAACUUACGUUGAAAACUUGGACUUUGAUUACGCGAGCGAGCAAUCGACAUCUUCCACAACAGAUCCAAAAUUGGCAGAGGACAAACAAACCACAAAAGCGUACGUUGAAAACGUGGACCUGGAUAACGGGAGCGAACUGUUGGUUACUUCUAAAACGGACCCGAAAUUGGCAGAUGAUAAGCAGACCACGACAGCGUAUGUUGAGUCCAUGGGUCUGGAAUCGGGGAGCGAUCCGUCGGUCCCUUCUACGGUCGACCCAAAGUCAGGAAGCACCAAGCAAACAACGACCCAGGAUGUUAAAUAUCUGGAUUUCGAUUACGGGAAACCAGCGGCGGAAAGCGGUGACACCACAGCAAAGGUCACAACUCCUGGGAAAGGCGAGAAGACCACAACCCCGAAAAAGGCCAAGGCCACCACGGUGAGCAAGCCGAAAGAUACAACAACCACCACGACAUACGAUUUCAGCAACGUCGAUUUCAGCAAUAUGGAUUACGAUCAAAUGGCUGCGAUUUCCAACGCCUGGAUCUUGAGCUUGUUUGGACCACCAUCGGACAGCGCGACGUCGCCACCCACUGCCGAUCCCGGAGCUGUGGAGAAAAAGGUCUUCGACGCCACGGAUGGGAAGAGUGGGAGCGGCAGCGAUACAGAUUCCAAACCUGUCGAUGAUAAAAUCGGGAAUGGAACGGUAGACGAUAAAAGCUGGAACGGUACAGACAGCCUGCAAGAUGGCAAUGGCACACUCGUCGACAGCAACAUAACGACGACUACACCGUACCCGGGCAUCGACUGUGAUGACGAGAAACAGAAGCCGCUGUCCGAUCUCCUGGAUGAACUGCGCAGUCUGCCGAACACGUCGUCCGCGUUUGAACGCCGCUGUCAAGUGCUGAUUAUGUGCUUUAAGAACCCUCCACCUGAUAUGGACUUCGAGAUAGACACUAUUCCAGGAAAUGAAACGGAUGGGUCAAGCACAACGGUGACCUCGACCACAACGACGGUAACGGACAGUCUUCCGGACUCGACCACCCCGGAUUACGGCGAGUUCGCUGAUUUCACAAUGGCAGACUGUUCGCGCGAUACCGGCCCGGCCAAUGCUUCGAGCGAUCCCGACGUGCAGAUGCGCUCGCUGUGGGCUAGUAUCUUCCGCUUGAAACUGAAUUUCACACGGCCGCUGGAUCCUUCCCUGGGCUCCAUAGCGCCGCAGUACAGCGAGUACGUGUCAGUGCUGUUCAACUAUAACUUUCCCCGCACCAUGCAAGAAAAUUAUCAAGCAAAAACCGGCAAGCCUCUGGUGCGUUUAGCGCAACGCCGCGUCCGGGUCACCGGCCUGUCCAACGGCCGCACGGGUGAUCCGGUGCUCAAUGCCCCGUGCUACCGCAAAUACAUCCAGGAUCAGACUAUGAACUUUCGUCUGAAGAACUAUGAGCCCAGCGACCUGGAGUAUUUUGACAUUUGUGUGUGCCAGAAAGUGGAGUUCAAUCCCACCGCGACGUUCCUGGCGGGAGACACGCAGGCCGUCGCAUCGAACGCCGUCACACAGCGGCGUGGGCAGCAAAGUGUGGGCGGCCAAUGGUAACGGAUCACCCUGGACGUGACCCACGUAACACCCGACGUCUGCAUUGACCCAAGCGGUGGCCAGGGCACAGUUACCGGCUGCUGCGAUCCCGAUCCGCGGGCGGUACCCCGCGACGAUGUAGCCGCAUACGCCCAGAUAAACG